AUGGUCUCCAUCAGGAGCGCGCAAUUCAAAACGCAUAUGUGUGGUGGCACCCUAGUGGCGAAGGAAUGGGUCCUCACAGCGGCCCACUGCAUUAUAUCAGCAUCUGCCGGGGGCAACGCAAAGGCAUGGAUCGAUGGCUUGGACAUUAAUAACUCGUCUGACUUCAAGGAGUUCUUCGAAGUUAGCCACUUCAUAGAGCAUCCCCAAUUCCAAGGCACGGACGAGGACAUCGGCCUUGAUCCUUUCAACGUGGCAUUACUGAAGCUCAACGAGUCCUCAAAUGUCGACCCAGUCAAGCUUGUGCCCAGUGACACACAACCAGUCGAGGACGACUGCCUGGCGUUUGUUGGCUGGGGCAGAAAGAGUCCCCGGGGUCCAUUUAGUGUUUUGGUUGAAAGCAAGCUAAAGUUUAUUGAUCAAGAGAUGUGCGACAGCAUGACGCAGCCCUCUGUGGGCUUUGUUUGUGCUGCGCAAAAUGGCACCGGUGUGUGCCCUGGCGAUGGGGGGAAUCCACUCAUGAAUGUGAAGUGUCCAGGAACGGACGAGCAGGCUGGCAUCGCCUCGAGAGUUCUCGGGGAUUGUGGAUUGAUGCAAAACUUUGUGAGCCUGAGCAAUCCAGCAGUGAGGGCCUUCAUCGACGGUGUUCUGGAGGGAAGCAAAUGA